AUCAACCAAGAAAGGUGCCGGAAAAGUCAGGAGUUGACUUCCGUCAAAUGUCUGAUCCCUACAGAUCAGUUUUGGACUCAAUAUUGUGGCUCUUCCGUCAAAACAGGAGGGAAUUGGAGCAAGACAAGUUCGACGUUGAAAUUCGUUGCAGCAGUGAAAAUGUGGGAAAUACCGUAAAGACGAUCAAUUUGCAGGUCAUGUUGGAGGAUGGUAACACCACGGACGCCAAGGAAACAAGCACAGACAUACGAAUUACAAACAAGUCACUAUCUCGUCGUGUUCAGCUUCGAUCAUGUGGUUUGCUGCACAACAAUCGCUGCUUUACAAUCAAGGAUGACCAUAACGUUUCUCUCGGUCUUGGAGCAGUCGAUAUUGGUUGUGGUGACGUCUACACUGUGAAAUGUUGCUUCAAGUCAGACGUAAUAGGAUGUUCUACUGAUCACUUAGCUUUUGCUUUAGCUGCUGUUGACAUCUUGGGGAGAGAACAAGUGUUUCAUAUUGUACGAAGGGUGAGAGGCAGGUGUACAACAAGUCUGAUUGAAGAGGUUCGAUCGAAGGAGCCAUAUGUCCGCAGGCGUGCGCCACGACGCAGAUAUGGCCCUAACAUAGAACCAGGACAACAACUUGACCACGGUGAAAGGCUAUUAGCAAUGGUGUUAAGAUUUGAAAAGUAUGGUACAGAGGACGUCGACAUGAUGAUGAAUAAUGGACAGCCUACGGAUGAACUGAUUGACAAACUAAGUUUGAAUCUUGAAGAAAACCACGCUGUCGUAUUUCACCAUCUCCUAAAGGUAGAAGAGAUACAAAUGAAAAUCGACAUUCGGUACUAUGACAUGGAAGGUGUCACAAUGAACGAAGUACAACACUAUUUUGCCUUAAAGGUUCCCGGACUGACAGAGAAAAGACCUUCACUUUUGAAGGGAGACAGACUGUAUGCUUCGUUGCCUGGUGUGGAAGACACCGAAUUUGAAGGCUACGUGCAUGCCGUACAUCAAGACGAAGUUUGGCUCAAGUUUAGCAGAAGAUUUCACGCUGAACUAUACGUGAAAGGAAUGGAAGUCAACAUCAGGUUCACGUUCAAUCGUCUUCCUUUGCAAUUGCAACAUCGAGCUUUGGACACUCGACUACCACCGGGUGUUCUCUUUCCAUCUCCACACACUGUCAGUACACAUCAUUCUCAAUCUCUGAUGCCCAGUACUAAUCUCAGGUUAAUCAUUAAGCCAUAGAUGUCUAGCCACUUAUUUAUCAUACCUAGUGAGGGGAGGAACCGG